AUGGAGCAACCUGCAUCCCUAACCGGUAGUGUAUUUCCAGUGCGUCCUUCUUUGGAGCAUUUACUAGCGAUGGGUGAAGAUGAUGACGAAGAGGAGGAGAAGGAGGCAGGUGUGCUGGAAGAGGUGAAAGAGAAGCCUGCUCUUGUUCAUUCAACAGUGAUUGCGUCGGGUAGUAGUGUAGUAACGGACCAUUGUUCACCUGUGCCGGAAAAUUCAGAACAGCUAGAAAAUGGCGAAUCGACGAUUGUGGAGGAUGAUGAUGAGGAUGAUGGUGCUUCGGAAUUGACGGAAUUGCAACAACUGCCGGACACGCAACAGCCUGCCGGUACGGCCAAGGAACAGAAACUGCUGGCCAAGGCAACGUUCGACAACAUAGCCGAAAGUACGGAUGAGCUCGCUUUCCGCAAAGGCGAAAUACUGACCGUCAUCGAAACCGAUACCAACGGGCUCAAAGGAUGGUGGCUGUGCCAGCUACGAGGUCGUCAGGGUAUCUGUCCGGGCAACAGAUUAAAAAUUAUUCAAUCACACGAUUCGGGUUGCUUCACGCUAUCGCCCGCCUCAUCGCCAUGCCCAACGAUCGAUUCGACCACCAACCUAAACAGCCCGAUACCAAGUGAAAUCUACGAAAAUACGUCGCUCUGUAGCAGCACCAGUGCGGGCAGUCAACGGCAGGGCAAACGGCGAUCCUGGCAUAUCAUGCCCAACAAGGUACUCACGCCGCAAAAAUGUGGAGACGUUUAUCUGUAUGAUCUACUGCCACCGUCUUCGGCGCGUGUUUCCACAUCCUCCAGCGCUUACCAUCAGCAACAUUCGGCGGACGCGCUCGAUACGUACGACGUUCCCAAGCCAGCCGUACCGAUCGGUGGACAGGGUGGACCGCCCACCACACCAGGAUACGAUCCACACCAUCAUCAUCACCACCGAACAUCCUGGAGUCGGACACCAUCAGCAUCACAUCAGUACGGUGCUGCGGGUCAUCCACUAGCCCAACAUCUGCACUACCCAAACCCUAACUCACCGUCAACCCUAUCAUCGCCAUCGUCGUCCUCGCUAAGCUUCCCACAUCCCCAUCCGGCCGGGUAUCAUCAUCACUUGCAUCAACAGUACCCGCACCUAGCUACCGGCUACCGAAUGGAGGAAUCGUACGACGUACCACGGCCACUCCUUUCCCAGCAGCAACACCUAACACCGAGCAGCUCCAACUCGUCGCUGCUCACAUCGGACAGCUUCAGUUUGUCCUCGUCGAAUCGUUCCUCGUUGGCGAACAUGCCCGACUACGAUGUGCCACGGCGUAAUCCUGUCUCGGUGCGGUCCACACCACCACCACCCUCGGUUGCUGGACAACCACCCGGAACGCCCAGCUUCUCCACCAGCCAUCAUUCGAUGUCGAUGUCAUCGUUUAGCAGCAUGUCUACGUACGAUGUACCACCGUCACAUAUGGGCAAUGGAGCCGGGUAUGUGUCGGGCAAACUGCAUCAACAGCAAACUGGACCGAUAACACCGAAGGAACUACCGUUGGAGUUGUCGUCCGCGCUGGAAACACUUGCGAGACUGCAGAACGAGGCCACCACGGCCGUUACUAGGUUACUUUCAUUUGUAUCACCCAACUGGAGGGUAAAGGAGAAGCUCGAUCCAAUAAUGAUGGACCUCAAGCUGGCGGCCGUGCGCCUUCGAACGGCACUGCAUGAUCUGGCCGAAUUUGGCGAUGGUGCACUUGGCAACGCAACCAAAGCAGAAGACAAAGGCUUGGCACAGAAACUGAAGCCCCUCGUGAAAGCACUGCGCGACGCUGACAGGCUAGUCCACGAAGCAUCCCAAAAUCUGGACGCCCAGGGCUGGACCCUGGUAACGCUCCAGCGCCCGGAAGCAACACAAAAGCUCCAGCAACAGCUACCCCCGGACAGUCUCGAUCAGCUGAUAGCCUGCGCCCAAACGCUCACCGAGGACGUGCGCCAGACGGCCUCCUUUAUCCAGGGCAAUGCGACACUGCUCUUCAAACGCUCCUCCUCCUCAACCACCUCGCAAGCAUCCGCUCCGACCACACCACAAACCCCUACCGGCACCGGUAAACCAGCAGCACCCGGUGGUGGUGGCGAAUGGCCCGAAGACUACGAUUACGUCAGCCUCGAAUCGAAGGAAGCAUCCGCACGCACAAACGCCGAAAUACGUGACGCACUACCGAACGAUUUGAAGAAAAACUUCGAAAACGUGGUACGCAAUGCGGCCGAUGCGGCUGCCGCAACCGUUGCCGAACGUCCGGAAGCGGCCCUACUCGAUCCGAACGAUAAAUCGGUGCUGGUGUACUACGCCACCCAAACGGUUACCCACAUGGGCUACCUGACGCAAGCGAUCGAUGCGUUCCUGCAGACGGUGGAACAUAAUCAACCGCCCAAGUUUUUCCUCGCGUACGGCAAAUUCGUCGUGCUGAGUGCACACAACCUCGUCAACAUUGGUGACAUUGUCCAUCGGAAUGUUUCGCGCGAGUGCAUCAAAACGCGCGUCCUGUCCUGUGCCGAUGCGCUAUCCGAAGCACUCAAGACGUGUGUGGCCAAGACGAAGAAAGCGGCCCAAAACUUCCCGAGCGUAACGGCGGUACAGGAGAUGGUUGAUUCGGUGGUGGACAUUUCGCAUCUGGCGAGUGAUCUGAAGAUUGCAAUGCUGGAAGCGGUCCAGCAGUAG